UAAAUUGUCACAGUGUCGACUAGUCUAACUUUACCACAAAAUAACGAACUGACUUUAGUUAGCUAGCUAGCUAAUGAUAAUCAUAUUGUCGAGGGUGAGCUAGCUGUUAGCUCUGUUGCUAGCUAGUUCUCCCCUUUGUUUAGAGAAAAGGACUUGUGUCCGAAUCUAUUGUACUGUGGUUGGAGAUUUUUGCAGUCCAUUUGGUUGUCGAAUGGCACCACAAAAGCAUGGCUCCGGGGGUGGCACAGGUCCUGGAUAUGGUUGUGGCACCGGCGGCAACAAAGUCAACGGUGGAAUAUACACCUCCGGGGUUGUAAUGGCUGCAGCCAAGAAGCCCAAAAUGGAACAGAUUCAAGCGGACCAUGAACUCUUCUUACAAGCUUUCGAAAAGCCAACUCAAAUUUACAGAUUCCUUCGCACAAGGAACCUAAUAGCACCGAUCUUCUUGCAUAGGACUCUUACUUACAUGACCCACCGAAACUCGAGAACCAAUGCCAACAGGAAGUCUUUUAAAGUUGAUGAUCUGCUGUUCAAGGUGGAGAAGACCAAGGUGGAGCAGGAGCCACACAAUUUGGCCUCCCACCUACAGCUGACUUUUACUGGAUUCUUCCAUAAAACCGAAAAACCUACCCAUAAUUCAGAAAAUGAAGAAAACUCGGUGUCUCUCGAGGUGCUGCUGGUGAAAGUCUGUCACAAGAAGAGGAAGGAUGUCAGUUGCCCAGUGAAGCAAGUGCCUACAGGUAAAAAGCAGGUGCCUUUGAACCCCGACAGCAGCCAGACCAAACCAGGCUCCUUCCCCUCCCUGCUCGUGUCCAGCCAUGAGUUUGAGCCCAGCAACAGUCACAUGGUGAAGUCUUACUCCCUCCUCUUCAGAGUGUCCCGGCCUGGACAUAGGGAGAUCAACGGCUUGACCAACAGAGACACCCAUAAGAACUCAGGAGAUGGCAUUGAGGAACUGCCGAGCAGGAAGAGGCGAAGCUCCUCACACAGAGAGGAUGGAGAGACUACCUUUGUGGCUCAGAUGACAGUGUUUGAUAAGAACAGACGCCUGCAGCUCUUGGAUGGGGAAUAUGAAGUUUCAAUGCAGGAAAUGGAGGAGUGUCCGAUCAGUAAGAAGAGAGCCACGUGGGAGACUAUUCUAGAUGGAAAGUGGCUGCCUCCAUUCGAAACCUUCUCUCAGGGCCCCACUCUGCAGUUCACCCUGCGCUGGACCGCCGACACCACUGACCGGGGCACAGCGCCCGUGGCCAAACCGCUGGCCACACGCAACUCCGACACCAGCACCGCGGACAGCCCCCGACCCGGCGUGCUCAAAACUCCCCAGACGUUAGCCGUGAAAGAGCCGGUAAACGCAGACGUGCAGACCAGGAGAGAGCAGAUCCAGGUGGACCCUCGUCAGAAACUGCGCAUCAUUUACCAGUUCCUGUACAACAAUAACACGCGCCAGCAGACGGAGGCCAGAGACGACCUGCACUGUCCCUGGUGUACGCUGAACUGCCGGCGACUCUACAGCCUCCUCAAGCAUCUCAAGCUCUCCCAUAGCCGCUUCAUCUUCAGCUACGUGCCUCAUCCUAAAGGAGCCAGGAUAGAUGUGUCCAUAAAUGAGUGCUAUGACGGUUCAUAUGCGGGGAAUCCUCAGGACAUUCACAGUCAGCCUGGCUUCGCCUUCAGCCGCAACGGCCCGGUCAAGAGGACGCCUGUCACACACCUCCUCGUCUGCAGGCCAAAGCGCACAAAGCCCAGCCUGUCUGAGUUCCUGGAGUCGGAGGAUGGGGAUUUGGAGCAGCAGCGGACCUACAUCAGUGGACACAACCGUCUGUAUUUCCACAGUGACAGCUGUAUGCCGCUCAGGCCUCAGGAGAUGGACGUGGACAGUGAGGAUGAGAGAGACCCUGAGUGGCUAAGGGAGAAGACCACCACGCAAAUAGAAGAGUUCACAGAUGUGAAUGAAGGGGAGAAAGAAGUGAUGAAGUUAUGGAAUCUGCAUGUGAUGAAAUAUGGAUUCAUAGCUGACAACCAGAUGAGCCAGGCCUGUUUGAUGUUUGUGGAGAACUGCGGCUUGACCAUCGUGGAGAAGAACCUGUGUAGGAACUUCCUGUUGCACCUGGUGAGCAUGCACGACUUUAACCUGGUGAACACUGUGACCAUAGACAAGGCCAUGGCACGGCUGAGGGACAUCCAGAAACAGGUGCAGCUGAAGCAGCAGGGAGACGGUCAGGGGCAGACCCAACCCAACCACCACAGCGGUGACGCCGGCAUCAGCACAGACGACGCCACCGGACAGGCCAGACCGGCGCAGAAACAGAAGGCGUGAAAGCCCCACACACACACACACGCGGAGAGUUUCCUCUGGCUGAGGACGGGUUUGGUUGGAAUCAGGCGUUGGUGUUUGGAAUUCCGUGGAAAGAGAAGACCAGUACAUUCCAAACAGGAGGGGGAUCCU